ACGGAGAUUGAGUUCACUUAACAGUUGGAAGAAGGCAAUUAAGGGAGGAAAGAAAACCACCAGGAAGUAAAACCGAGAGAAACGUAUUUGCUUCGAGACUUUAAACUGUUUUUUAAAGGGUUUUAAAUCAAAUCGUCAACUUUUAUAGAAAGUAGACCCAUCAGUUUACGGAUAAAGGACAUUUUUUCCAGCAAGAUGGACACUGAUCCGGAGCGUGGAGGGAUAGAAGAAAUGCCAGAGCCUAAGGACAAGGUGCAGGCUCUAAAGGAUCAGGUGGAUGGCGUGAAAAGCAUCAUGACUCAGAAUGUGGACCGGAUCCUGGCACGAGGAGAAAGGCUGGAUGACUUAAUGGGCAAGACAGAGGAUCUGCAAGCAGGGGUCAGUUCAUUUAAGAACAUUUCAUUAUAAAUCGAAAGCUCUUACAGGUGUAAGAACAUCCAGCUGAUUGUGGCCAUCAUAGUGAUCGUCCUCAUCGCUGUCCUCAUCAUCAUCAUUCUGCUAGCUGCUGUCAUCCCCAUCAGUGCUCCUGUGACUCCCAUAGCCAGCCCCACCUCCAAGCCCUGAAAACACAUUUAGAUCAUAAUCCAACAUCACUGCAUGAGU